AAAUGUUAUCUUAUGUUUUCUGAUUGAAAGAAACAUGGUUUUGUACUUCGCAAUUAAACCGGAAGGUGGAAAACCAAACUGUAAUUCAUUUGCGUACGAUAGUUUCCCACUCUGUUUGCUAUCUAUAAAUAGUUUCCGUCUAGUUAGUAGUGAGCAUCCAUCUCGUGAUCCUCAUUUCCCGGAUCUCUCAAUUUACAUCUCCGACCCGACCCAUUUACGCGACCCGAUUCGGGUCAACCCAAAAUCCGCCGGAGACGAAAAAAAACAAAAAUAUGGAUAAGCCUAGCUUUGUAAUCUCCCCCGAAGAAGCUGAAUCCGCCGCGAACCAACUCGGCGUCUCCGUCCUCCAACUCCUCCCUUCUCUGGUCAUCCCCGCGAAAUCCUUCGCUCGUCCACCGAUCUCCAAAUUCCACGUCGGAGCCGUCGGACUCGGAUCGUCGGGUCGGAUCUUCUUAGGAGUCAAUGUGGAGUUCCCAGGCCUCCCUCUCCACCACUCAAUCCACGCGGAGCAGUUCCUCGUCACCAAUCUCACACUCAACGACGAGCGUCAUCUCCGUCACUUCGCCGUCUCCGCCGCACCGUGCGGACAUUGCCGACAAUUCUUCCAAGAAAUCCGCGGCGCGCCGGAGAUUAAACUCAAAAUCACCGAUCCGAACGUAACCGCCGCAGAUUCCGACGCCGAUGCAGACGGAUUCCUCCGCCUCGGAAGCAUCUUGCCGCACAGAUUCGGUCCCGAGGAUCUUCUCGAUAAAGACUUCCCUCUCAUCCUCGAGCAUCGCGAUAACAACCUCACGAUCUCUGAUCUCGAUCCGAUCUGUAACGGAAUCACCGAUUCCGCUGUGGAACUGAAGCGUACGGCUCUUGCUGCGGCGAAUAGAUCGUACGCGCCGUACAGUUUGUGUCCUUCGGGUGUUGCGCUGGUGGAUUGCGACGGGAAGGUCUAUAGAGGUUGGUACAUGGAAUCGGCGGCGUAUAACCCUAGCUUGGGGCCAGUACAGGCGGCGUUGGUGGAUUACAUUGCUAAUGGAGGCGGAGGAGGGUACGAGAGAAUCGUCGGAGCUGUGCUUGUGGAGAAAGAGGACGCGGUGGUGCGACAAGAGCACACGGCGAGGUUGCUUCUACAGAUUAUAUCGCCGAAAUGCGAUCUCAUUGUUUACAAUUGCCAUUGACCUUUGAGAUAACAUAUCACCAGAAAAAAAUGAAAAUAAAAAUAAAAUGGACUUUCAAUGCGUAAUUAUUUUUGGUAGCCACCAAACAAACAAAAAUAAUAGUAAUUAUUGAAACUUAAAAGUUGAAAGCGAUGCCUCUGCUCUGAUGAUAGAAUGGAUGAUGAUGAGACGUCAGAGAAUAUAAGAAGACUCUUUUAUCUUAUUUGUAUUCUAUAAUAUAUAAAUUAUUCUAAUACAUUAUUAUGGCUAUGAAUGUGGUGCAGUUAAAAUGCAGAAGAAAAGCAGGAGAGUUAACUGCAGUCCUAUCUGCAAUAUUUUAUCCAUUCAUCACUAAAAUACAGAACAAAAAAUAAAUAAUAAAAAAUGUACUGAACUGCUUGCAGAUCAAUUGUAAUGUAAAAAAAGUUCUCCUGCAAACACAGCCAAAAGCGAGGUGGCCAAAAACAGGUGACCAAUGGGUGAUUUUCCCUUUUCUUUUUUUUUUCUUUUUCUUCUAUAAAUACUACACCAACUUCCUUU